CUUGCAUCAGCCGCCGGCCCCACGUGGCGCGGGUGCGGGCAGCGGCCGGGACCUGCCGCGGCGCCCCGUCCCGGUCCCGCCGUCCGCGGGGCAGCGCCGAGCUCCUCGGCGGGACGAAGCGUGGCUGACAGCUCCGUGGGGCUGGAGAUGCCCCCGCGGGGGCUGGCGGCCCCCGGCACCUACCCCGAGCCGCGGCGGGAUUGGGCGGGUGGCGGGAUGCGGCGGGAGGCUGCCGCCGGCGGGAGCUGUCGCCUGGCACGUUGCUUCUCCUCUCUCCCCGCCGGUAGCUCGGGGUUUUGAGCAGCUGAGCACCACCCACAAGAGGACAAGAUGUUUGGGGAAAAAAUGACCAGUGUUGGGAAGAAGCUGAUCCGUCGGCGUGUGGUGGAUCUGAGCUCCGAGGACACGCGUUUUGCUCGCUGCCUCUCCACGCUGGACCUUAUAGCCCUGGGGGUGGGCAGCACGCUGGGGGCUGGCGUGUAUGUGCUGGCUGGGGAGGUGGCCAAGGAGAUGGCUGGUCCCUCAAUUGUCCUCUGCUUCCUGGUGGCUGCUCUCUCGUCGGUACUGGCAGGACUCUGCUAUGCAGAGUUUGGGGCCCGUGUCCCCAAAACUGGCUCUGCCUACCUCUACAGCUAUGUGACUGUUGGCGAGAUCUGGGCUUUCACAACAGGCUGGAACCUCAUCCUCUCCUAUGUCAUAGGCACGGCCAGUGUGGCUCGAGCCUGGAGCGCAGCAUUCGACAACAUCAUUGGCAACCACAUCUCCACCUUCUUCAUGAACAAGACCACACUGCACUUGCCAGGGGUGCUGGCUGAGCGCCCAGACUUCUUUGCCUUGGUCCUGAUUGGGCUGCUCACUGCACUGCUGGCCUUCGGUGUCAGUGAAUCUGCCCUCGUGAACAACAUCUUCACAGUGGUGAACCUGAUGGUGCUGGUCUUCGUCAUCAUUGCUGGCUUCGUGAAGGGAGACAUCAAGAACUGGCAGCUCUCAGAGGAGGACUACAUCAACCGCUCACACCUGGAGCCUCUGGAUGACACCAAGGAAAAAGCCUUUGGCUCCGGUGGGUUUGUCCCCUUUGGACUGGAAGGGAUCCUGACCGGUGCUGCAACCUGUUUCUACGCCUUUGUGGGCUUUGACUGCAUUGCCACCACAGGGGAGGAAGCCAGAAACCCACAGCGCUCGAUCCCCAUUGGCAUCAUUGUGUCCCUCCUCAUCUGCUUCGUGGCUUAUUUCGGGGUCUCCGCAGCCCUGACCCUAAUGGUGCCCUACUUCCUCCUGAACAAGGACAGCCCCCUGCCUGAGGCUUUCAAGGAGGUGUCCUGGGAGCCAGCCCGCUACGCUGUUGCUGUCGGCUCACUCUGUGCCCUCUCCACCAGCUUGCUGGGCUCUAUGUUCCCCAUGCCCCGUGUGAUCUAUGCCAUGGCAGAGGAUGGGCUGCUCUUCAAGUCCCUCUCCAGCAUCAACAGCCACACAAAGACCCCUCUGUCAGCCACCAUCACCUCAGGGCUUCUUGCAGCGGUGAUGGCCUUCCUGUUUGACCUGAAGGACCUCGUGGACCUCAUGUCAAUUGGCACACUGCUGGCCUACUCCCUGGUGGCAGUGUGCGUGCUCAUCCUCCGGUACCAGUCCGGGCAGCUGAACUCCCCGAAAACCAUGGAAAUGCUGGAGCUGAAUGGGAAUGAGGAGGAGAGGGUGAUCAUGAACCCAACUGUCACCAGCGCAAGUGCCCAGCAGAAAGAGAUGCUGACCCUGGCAAUGCUCUUCAACCCACCUGCGGACACCCCCACCACGCUCUCAGGGCGCAUUGUCUAUAUCUGCGUCUCAGUCAUCGCUGCACUGAUCAUGGUCAUCUGCGUGGUCCUGACCCUCAAGGUGACGGCGCUGAAGGAUGCCAAUGUGGGCUGGAUCACGGCCCUGGUGCUGCUUUUCGUGGCUUUGCUCAUUCCCACCAUUAUCAUUUGGAGGCAGCCCCAGAGCAACGCGCGGUUGAACUUCAAAGUACCUUUCCUCCCGCUCCUGCCAAUCUUCAGCAUCUUCAUUAACGUCCUGCUGAUGGUGCAGCUGAGUGGUGGCACCUGGGUGCGGUUUGCCAUCUGGAUGGGCGUAGGUUUUAUGAUUUACUUCGGCUAUGGGAUUCGGAACAGCGUGGAAGGGAAAAAUGCAGAAGAACGCUGUGCCAGAGUAGAAAAGCCUCUGGGCCACCCUGGACUGGACCCCAGCCCCGGGGCUGCUGCGGUCUGAGGGACUGGGCACCAUCACUCCGUGGACCUCUGCCAGUAUUGCUGCUCGGGGACAAGAUCAUGAUCUACACAGGAUAUUCAUCUGCUCUCCCAUGGGGAGCGAGUCCCAGAGUCAGGACUGCGGAGCCGGGUCGUGCGCUGCCUUUUCCCCUCACAGAGCAGAGGUUACAGAGAUGAGUCCCCAGGCCGGGUGGGAGUGCUGAUGGCCCAGGGCUGGUCUCUGCCAUCCCCCAAAACCUGCCGAGGGGCAGUGACACCAGCACGGCCCUCCCGCUGUGGAAGCUGCUGUCAGAAAUGCUGCUUUCCCAGAGCACAGGAGGUCCCACGUGAUGGUGCAGCUGUAUUCGUUUUGUCUGUCCAUGUGGCUGUGGUCACAACCUCUUCUCUGUGCUUUCCAAGUGCUGUGCAUGUACAUGGCAACCAUGGCUGGAGCUGUGGACAAAGCUUGGGGCACUUGUUCUGGUACUGCCAGUAGUGCAGUGCUUGCCGCCAGCAUGGGGCUCAGCUGGCCAAAACACUCUCUGUGCCUGGGAUUUGCAUCCCGUGCUGAGCCCUUUGCUGCCCCAGCCAUGCUGCUUGGUGUGAGCAUCUAGUUCGGGUGUCUGGAAGAUGCAUAAUGUAGCCGUACCAGUGUCCAACCUCGUAUGCUUUUGCAUAAUUCGUGUUUUAAUGUUGAUUUUUAUACCUACUAAACUAAAUGUUUUUUAA